UUUUUUAGUGACUCAAAAUGCUAAUGUUACUUGAUUUGUAUUAAUAAAUGGGUGAAUAUUUGUAGAACUUGCCUCUUUUGGCCUGCUAAAUUCAUCCACCAAAAGCUUGUAACUGCUUUUAUCUUGACUGGAGCAAAAGAAGGCAGCAUUCAGGUGUGGUUUCUUUGUGUGUGGGUUGUUUCUAACGUGCCCAUCAUGCACAGUGUGUCAGAAGCAGUGCUGCAGGGGCGCUGGGCUGCAGGGGCGCUGGGCUGCAGGGGCGCUGGGCUGCAGGGGAGCUGUGCUGCAGGGGAGCUGUGCUGCAGGGGAGCUGGGCUGCAGCUGUUUGCAGUGGCCACUGUGGAGGCUUCUGCUCACGGGGAGAAGCCAAGAGGCAGGGCAGGAGUCAGGAGUGGUAUGUCAGCUUUAUACAGGAUGCUGUGCAUCUGAACUGAGGAGAUGUCAUGGGUUGUUUUGUCUCUAGGUGUGUUACUUGUGUGUUUCAGGCAAAUUUAUGACAGCUGUGUUCCCCCUCAAAAGCAAAAGGCCCUCUUAGUGGGAAUGGAACUGAGUAAAACUAAAUUGUGUUUGGAGAUUGUAGUAAUCGGUGGGUGUUACGACCUUCUCCCACUGACUUAAUUCUUACCACUUUUCUUGUUCUUACUGUGAGAUGAGAACAGCUGAAGGGAGGGAGAAUAAAACAAGGAGGUAAUGUGCUUAGGGUUUAUAUUCAUAGAAAUAAUAAAGGUUUAAAAUAGAACAUGAUAAAGGUCAGAGAAGAAGGAGGGGCCGGGGAUGGGAAGAAGAAAAGAAAAAAAUACUGGGGAGCCAGGCAGGAGGAAAAGCUUUGAGGGCCAGAUAAGGAUGAGGUAGUUUUACAAAUGAGAAAUUAUUCAGGAGAUGCCAGGCAGCUAUAGACAGCAUGACAAAAUGAAGCCCUGUGUGAGCAUUUUCAAGUAAUCUCUGAGAGAACGCUGUCCUGUUCAGCAGGAACAGAAUUGCCUUAGGAGUGCACAGAUGAAUGGGGCUUGUUCUCUUCUCCUCUCUGCACAUUCAAUGUAUCUCUUGUUUGGCCACUGGGUGUUGAGUAAAUAAUUCCAUUCAGCCCAGGGAAAGAGAAAGUAAUGUCAUAUUCUCCUUAUAACUAUUUAAUGACUUCCUAAAACAUUGAUAACUUGGCCCUGUCUAGCCUGCCACAGUGCUAUUUAACCAUUAGUAGUGACAGGUGGAGAACACCUACGUAAAUCCUAAAAAAAACACCAAACCAAAAAAAAAGUGUUAAUUUGCAUAAGAGUCCUUUAAGUAGCAGAGGGGAGAAAAAAACAUACAAACCAAAACCAACCCUCUUCUGAAUCCAGUUUUGGUACUCAAUGGAAAAGCCUCGGAAACUUUUAAAAUAACUGAAUGAUUUCAUAGCUCUUAUAUAACCUGAAUAAAAUAUUGAGUGCAGGCAACUGUGGAAAUAAAUAUUUAAUUUUCUCUGUUCUAUUUUGGUAUAGCUUACUUAGAUUUUGAAAUGGUAGGUCAAAAGGAAUGGAUCCAGAUGGAAUUAAAGUUUUAAUUUGCUGUACAGAUUCUAGCAACCUGUUAACACAACUUCUCAAGAGUUGUGUAAUUUUUGCAUUCUCUUUUUACUCAAGCAAUUAUUAAUUCCCAUUUUAAUUUACUUCCUGUAAUUCUGGUUGAAUUUAAACACUCUAUAAUAGCAGCUGAUUUUCAUCAUUCUAAGCCAUUUGCUUCUUAGUUGUUUUCUGUAUGAAAGAUCCCACAUCUUUCAUUUUUAUAAGUUAUACUGAAUCUAAGGUUGCAAAGUCAAAUGAUUGUAUGUCAGAUUUCCUGAUGAAAUGGUAAUGCUGCCUUGCCAUUUGGCAUUUUUUGGUGUGGUGUGAAAUUAGAUGAAUGCAGUCUCUCAUGGGGGCUACCAUACUGCAGCACUCUGACAUUGCCCUGGUACAUUUUAACUGCCUUUUCUUCACUGAUGAUGUGGCUGAUGCCUCACAGUUAAUUUUUGUUUUUAAUGGAAUAAAUUCACUUACCGAAGCAGAGUCCAGUGUAGCAUUUUCACUGUUAUGUCACACAAUCAUUUUGCUGGAAGUUCUGCUCUUUUUAGCCAUUCAAGCAAAAAUCCAAAGAGUGUGGCUGUGUGAGGGUCCAAAUCUGCACCAUAUUUUCUAGCUGUCACUCUAAUUGGAUGUGUCAGUUAACAUGAGGUGCCCGGAGAGAACCUCUUUGGAUAGGAUUAAGAUUACCCAAUGAAGUGUUUUAAGUCCUAAACCUUCAGUUGCUGAUGGUGUAAUCAUUUCUGCCUUGCACUUAAUUGUACUUAAUCAUUUCUGCCUUCUUCUGUCUUACAUUCGACACAUGCACAAUGUCAUGAGAGCCAGGUGGUGUGUUGUAGCUUGUAGGAAUGCUCUGACUUCUCUGAGAAGAGUUUCCAAACCUAAAAAUACUGCAUGUGUUAUGGAUAUCCAACCUGGGAAGUUGGGCUUGGCAAGAACUUCAUGCUGGAGUUCUCUUUUGCUGUCAGCAUCUCUAGCAGCUACCAAGCAGACAGUGCUUUUGGUUGCAAAAGUUAAACAUGUCGGUCAUCUCGCUGUGCUUAAGUUGUGGCACGUCGAAGACCAGCAGGAUGGAGGCUUCCUGCCUGGAGCUGGCUCUGGAAGGCGAGCGCCUGUGCAAGGCAGGGGAUUGCCGGGCUGGAGUGUCUUUCUUUGAAGCAGCUGUGCAGGUUGGAACCGAAGAUUUACGAACCCUGAGUGCUAUUUACAGCCAGCUGGGCAAUGCCUAUUUCUACCUGCAGGAAUAUGCAAAGGCCUUGGAAUACCAUCACCACGAUUUAACUCUUGCAAGGACAAUUGGAGAUCUACUGGGAGAAGCUAAAGCUAGUGGGAACCUGGGCAACACCUUAAAGGUACUUGGGAAUUUUGAAGAAGCUAUCGUUUGCUGUCAGAGACAUCUGGAUAUUUCCAGAGAACUUAAUGAUAAGGUUGGAGAAGCAAGAGCACUGUACAAUCUGGGAAAUGUAUAUCACUCUAAAGGGAAAAAUGUAGCUAAUGCUGGGACUCAUGAUCCAGGAGAACUUCCAGAUGAUGUGAAAAAUGCUUUAGAGAAAGCUGCAAAGUAUUAUGAGGAAAACCUGUCAAUAGUGACAGAGCUGGGUGACAGAGCAGCACAAGGACGUGCCUUUGGAAAUCUGGGAAACACACACUAUCUUCUGGGCAACUUCAGGAGUGCAGUUUUAGCCCAUGAACAGCGUCUCCUAAUUGCAAAAGAAUUUGGUGAUAAAUCAGCAGAAAGAAGAGCAUACAGCAACCUUGGAAAUGCCUACAUAUUCCUGGGGGAAUUUGAAACUGCUGCUGAAUACUACAGGAGGACACUGCAGCUGGCUCGGCAGCUGAAGGACAGAGCUGUGGAAGCGCAGGCCUGCUACAGCCUGGGGAACACCUACACUCUGCUCCAGGACUAUGAGAAAGCAAUUGACUACCAUCUCAAACACCUCGUGAUUGCUCAGGAGCUACAUGACAAAAUUGGGGAAGGAAGAGCAUGCUGGAGUUUAGGGAAUGCUUAUACUGCUCUGGGAAAUCAUGACCAAGCCAUCCAUUUUGCAGAAAGGCACCUGGAGAUUUCAAGAGAGGUAGGAGACAGAAGUGGAGAACUCACUGCCAGACUUAAUCUCUCAGAUCUUCAAAUGGUUCUUGGAUUAAGCUACAGCACAAACAACUCCAUGAUGGCAGAAAGCCACGCAGUGGAAAACAGUUUGAAUGGUGGCAGACCAAGAGGACGCCGUUACAGCAUGGAGAACAUGGAACUUAUGAAAUUAACACCAGAAAAGGUUCCAAACUGGAACAGUGAGAUUCUUGCUAAACAGAAACCACUGGUUGCCAAAACUUCAGCAAAACUUCAUUUUGUAAAUCGACUAAAAGGCAAAAAGUACAAAAAUGGCACCACCUCCAAAGUUUUGCAGGAUGCCAGUAACUCCAUUGAUCAUCGACUUCCAAACUCUCAGAGGAAAAGCAGCCGUGAGACGAUGGCAGACGAAGGGUUCUUUGAUCUGCUGAGUCGGUUCCAGAGUAACAGGAUGGAUGAUCAGAGGUGCUGCUUCCAGGAGAAGAACAGGCUCUCAGCUCCUUCAGUGGCAACAUCCUCCACUCCACCUAAAACGAUGAUAAAAUCCUUUUCCACGUCGGCGGUGUCCCCGCGCACGGACGAGUUCCUGGAGCUGCUGGCGAGCUCGCAGAGCCGGCGGCUCGAUGAUCAGCGCGCCAGCGUGGGAGAGCUGCCCGGGCUGCGGCUGCGCCAGCGCGGCAGCCACGCCCUGCUCGGCCACCUGGUGGCCAGCAGCAACAGGGACCUGGACGACGACUUCUUCGACAUACUGAUCAAAUGCCAGGGUUCCAGACUGGAUGAUCAGAGAUGUGCUCCUCCAGGAGCUGCCAAAGGCCCCACUGUACCAGAUGAGGAUUUUUUCAGCCUGAUUUUGCGCUCACAAGCAAAGAGAAUGGAUGAGCAGAGAGUCCACUUACCCUCAGCUAUAAAGGGAUCCAACUCCAGCUGA